GGUGGCUGCUCAGGUACAUGAGCUUUGCAGCGAGCCCAUUGCAAUGCACGAGCUGGUGGCUGCCCUCGAGGGAUCCAGGAGGCGGAGUGCUCCAGGUGCAGAUGGCAUCACGUUCCAAAUGCUCCGAAACCUGGAUGGGACUGGUCGACAACGCCUCCUGGAGCUUUACAACGACAUCUGGAGCGCUGGGACCCUGCCGGAAUCCUGGCGAACUGCAGUGGUGGCGCCAAUCCUGAAACCCGGGAAGAAAGCCACGGCCCUCUCCUCAUACAGGCCAGUUUCUCUGACCUCUGCACCAUGCAAGGUGAUGGAGAGGGUGGCCCUAGAGAGACUGGAGUGGAUCGCCGACCAGCUGGGCUUCUUCCCGGAGCAGCAGACGGGUUUCAGGCGGCACCGGUGCACAGCAGACUCCAUCUCAGACGUCGUUGCCACCCUCGAGGACGCAAGGAACAGCGGGGACGUGGCCAUGCUGCUGCUGCUGGAUGUAGAGAACGCAUUCGACGGGCUCCCACAUGUGGUCAUCGAGGCGGCCCUCGACCGACUUGGCAUCAGCGGAUGCCUCCGAGGCUUUGUGACUGCCUUCCUGUCCGGGAGGACCUUCCGCGUCAGAGUCGGAAAGGAGACCAGCCAACCCAGGGACAUCACUGCAGGUGUACCACAGGGCUCUGUGCUGAGCCCCUUCCUGUUCAACUUGGCGCUGGCGGGACUUCCAGCUUCCCUCCCGACAGACACCAGGUUCCCAGCCCGCUGUUCGGUGUACGCCGACGACGUGGCACUCUGGGCUCGGGGACCACGGCAGUCCAUCCCUGCCAUCCGGAGGUCACUGCAGGCGGCCCUGGAUGCGGUGAUCACCUACCUCGGAGGCAUCGGGCUCAAGGUCUCUGCCACCAAGACCGAGGCCCUGCUGAUACAUCCACUGGCUGCGGGACGAACCUACGUGAGACGGCUGAAGGUCGGCAACCGCAACCUACCCUGGAGGCUGACGGUGAAGUACCUGGGGCUCACCGUGGACCACCGGCUCACGUGGAUCCCUGCUGCCAAGGCUGCUGCCACAAGGGUGAAACGAGUCCAGGGGGCCAUCACCAAGCUGCAGCAGCGAGGUCGCGGCUGCUCGGCCAAGUGGGCUCUGCGGCUCAACCAGGCUGCGGCGUCCUCAGUGCUACUGUACGGCCUCCCACUGGUGACCCUGUCGCCGGCCAGGAGGGACCUGCUGGAGGGACUACACCGGAAAGCACUUCGAACCAUCCUGGGGCUGCCCAAGUGCUCCCCCGUGGCAGCAACUCUUGCCGAGGCAGGUGAGUGGCCCCUGUCACUCCGCAUGCUUCAACGCGCGCUGGGGCACAUAGACCGCCUGCACCGGGCCGCCGACGGCAGGGCCCUCCUGGAGCGUCUCCGCAACCAGCCCCAGUCACGGAUGGGAGGACUAUGCCAGCUGUAUCACGAGAUGGUCCCGGAUCCGCCAGUCCCGGUAGCCUCACCACCGCCACACCACCGGCCGCCAGAGGUCCACCUCUUCUUGGACGGCGCAACCAAACAUCGAACACCUGCGGCCGCAUUGCAGCAGGCUGCCACCUGCAAGCUCCAGGAACAGCUGGCGGGGCGGCUGCAGGUUUUCACCGAUGGAUCCGUCCUGGCGGACGGGACUGCGGCAGCAGCGUGUGUCAUCCCUUCCAGGGCCAGCAGCAGGCAAUGCCAGCUUCCCUUCCCAGCGAGCUCCACGGCUGCGGAGCUGGCGGGACUCCACCUGGCAGCGGACCUCCUGGCUGAAGACCCCCCUGCUGAGCCGGUUGCAGUAGUGUGCGACAGCAGAGCAGCCCUGCAGACCCUGUCCAACCAUCGCCGGGGCGGGCUCAAUGGCAGCCUCCUGGCUUCUAAGUUCCGGGCGCUCACGACGUCAGGGACGUCCGUCUCCUUCCACUGGCUGCCCUCCCACGUGGGCAUAGCUGGCAAUGAGGAGGCGGACACACUGGCUAAGGCAGCCCAUCAGCCUGGCACCCCCAUCACCCGGGCCGUGGCGGCCAGGGACUUUACGCAGGCUCGUCUUAAGAAGCUUCUCAUCACAGUCCACCCAGACCAGCGGGUGGCCAGCGGACGGGGACCGAAGCUUCUACCAGAGAAGGGCCUAACCAGGAGGGAAAGAGCCACCCUGCUGCGACUACGGACCGGCUGCGUGUGGACCGCGGCCCGCCGCCACGCCAAGGGCCGCUGCACCUCCCCGGCCUGCGACCGCUGCGGCGAUCCCGAGACCCUCGAACAUCUCCUCUGUGCCUGUCCUGGCUUGGCACAGGAACGUUCGAGGCUCACCACAGCCUACAGGAGACAGGGCCUUCCUGCCUCCACACUGGAACACUUCAUCUUCCCGUCUCGUCCUCAUCUGCCAGCGCUGCGGAGCCUGGUGGUGUUCCUCGACGAGACGGGAAUCGCGGCCUACCGCUGAGACCGGGACCCCUGCCACCCCCGCCCUUGCUGCCGGCCUGCCAUCUGUGCUGAUGUUCGCCUGGCCACUACACCUCUAACACCUACACUCCUAUCCACUUUUCUCCCACUCCC